GCUCCGGACGCGCAGGCUCAGCGGCCACGGCUCACGGGCCCAGCCGCCCCGCGGCACGUGGGAUCCUCCCGGACCGGGGCACGAACCCGCGUCCCCUGCAUCGGCAGGCGGACUCUCCACCACUGCGCCGCCAGGGAAGCCCCAAUGGCUGUCUUUUUGAAUGUCUUCCUGCGUACACACACAAAUAUCGACAGAAAGCUGAAGAGAGGAAGUUAAUACACAACUUUGGGGAAACUGCUCCAUCGUCUCCUGCCAUGAAAUGUGGAGGCGUGGAGUCCCUUCCACCAGCACCUCUAAUUCCUUGAGAGCCUCUCUACUCAAGUCCUCCCUGGGGCUGAUCCCGUUGAGCUGGAUGUGACCGAAGUCUUGUUCUAUCAGACGCUGAAGGUUUAACGUGAGUGAAGGCUGCGGUAGAAAACAUCUCACAGGAAACAUCUGGGUUCUCUUAUCUGCUUCUUCCUUCAAUCUGGUGCAUAUGAAAAGAAGCCUGGCCACACACAGAUGUGGAUUUGGAAAUUAAGGGAAGUUGAAGAAAUAACAGUAUCAGUUCAGGUACGCUUGGGAGCCAAAGAAAGACACACCUGCUGCUCCUGCAACUCAGACCCGCACCUUUCGACAGGUCCAUCCUCCCAGGCCUGGGACAAGGGCAUUUCCUCCCUCCUCCUCCCUCCCGUGGGGACAGAGCUGGCCUCGGAGACCACAGCACACGGCACUUCUCUCAGGGCUGGUACUCCGGACGUACGACGUCAAUGUCAUCUCUUCGCCUCCUGACCGGAUUCUGAGCUUCUUGCUGGCUGGCCACGGACUGUGAGGACUGAAUUCAGAUGGCAUGAGAAUUCACCUGCUUCUGCCACGUUCCCGUUCACCUGCCUCCUUUUGCACACCUGAGUUCAGGAGCCUCAUCCUUCCACUAGAGGGCGUGGCGUCAUAGAUGCCAACUGUGCCACCUGGGCUGUCCCAGUGUUCUGACCUCAGCCCUUGAGAAGCAGGUCCUGUCCAGCGUUCCCUCACCGACGGACACCAGGGCCGUGCAACACAACCACCCACUGCAGGCCGUCAGCAAACGGGCUCAAUGAAGGGCAGUCAUUGUCACAGCAAGAGGCCAACUGCCAGGCAUCCCACCCAUCCCUGGGACCCGUCUCCGCGAUGGAAACCCUGCCGGGCAACACAGCCUGAGCCCAGGCGGUGCUGUGGACGAAGGCUGUCCCCUUAGCGGUGAACGCGAGGUGCAAAGCCCCUGCCAACCGUGUGUGGACUUGCAGCGUGGGCAAGUGUGAAUCUUUGCUGUUGUAAACCACAGAGACUCUGGGGGUAUUUGUUCCUGCAGCUGAGUAAGCUCUAAGUGCUGACUGCUGAUCAGUCUGUGUGACACAGUGGACAGUAAGUAACUGCUGAGUGCUGACCUGGUGACUCAGGAUGACAGGUGUUAGUGGAGUUCAUGACAGCAGCUGAAGAUGGGAAAUAGAGGAAACGGGAGCAUUCCCAGGACUGAUUUAGGAAGCAGAACAUUCCGGUAGAGGAGCUACCCAAAAGGCAAUGUCUCCAUCAAGCCAAGGACGUUUGUGGCUGUCUAUCCAAGGCCCUCACUCACGGCUGACACAUGCAGUCUGACCGCAGACGGCCCCGAGCCCGCCGCCCGGUGAGGAGAAUAUACGGCAAAAUGCUGAGCAUGGAGCGGAGACCAUGAACCCACAUCUCUGGAGGCCGACUCUGUGCCGUGCAUCCUCCAUAUGCAGCUCCCUGACCUCCCAGAACUCGGGGAGGGGGGGGUUGUUACUGUCCCUCCCUCACAGAUGGGGAAACUGAGGUACAGGAGGGAGGAAGCCAGUGGCCUCAGACGUCACAGCAGCAGGGGGCGGAGUGGGGCUCUGGAGCCAGGCUGUGAUCCCAGCAUCCAAGCUGCCUUCGCCUCAGCCUCCCGGUGAAUCUGAAUCUGCACCUCCAGCCGCAGUCUCGCUCCUGGGCUCUGCUCUUUGCUCCUCUGGGCCUCGGACAGGCCUCCUCCGAUACCUCUGUUACUUCAGACUCAGCGGGUUUAAAACUGACCCUGACCUUCACCAUGGAAGGGCCACCCACUCGUCCUACUCCAGGGGGCACUGAGAUCAGACGGGCGAUGGGCCCCACCCGAGGCCCCGGCCACUCAUCCCAGGCUGUGUCCCCGAAUUGCCGCCUGGAGCCUGCGACCCACACAGACGCGCAGCCGCCAGCGUACCCCUGCUGAUCUGAAUCACCAAGUAUUUCAGCAGUGAGAUGGGGGCAUGGUGCCCAGCUCCCUGAUUCGCGGGCUCCUUGGAGUGUGAAAUGAGAUCAGAAAGGCAAAGCAUCUCAGCAAAGUGAAGGAUGCUCUGAAAGGCAGAUGCGAUUAUCCUCUUCAAAUUCCCACUCCGCUGCUAAUCAACCAUGUACACUUGACUUUCGGUUUUAACACAGGAGAGAAUCAGAUCUGGUGGUCGUUAAGGUCUGACAUUUUAGAAUCUGCUUUUGCUGUCCCCAGCCUGAGUCUUCUCUAUGUGGUCCGAAGCUACUUAACUGCACACUUUGGAGGAUGAGCUAAACCUGGAGGCAUCUCGGAAAAGAUUCUGUGGUUCCAUCCUGAGGAGCUGGUGUCUCCCGAGGGGCCAAUCGUGAACCGAGCUCACACCCCCUCAGUCACUGCUGAUCCCGUGUGCUCUGUUAACUCCUGGACCGUGGAUGAAUAAGACACAAGGACAGGCCUGAAAACAUCGAGACUUCUCAUUUUAAUGCCUCAGGACUGACCGAGUCCGAGUACAGAAGGACCAAGAGAACAUGUGUGUCCAGGGAACAAGCAGCACACGCAGGGCAGCUGCUGUUAUGUGUGCACUCAGCCAGUCGGAGCCUCAGUUUGCACAUCUGUGAAACAGGAGAAUAAUCAAUGACAAAAGCCAAUACAGCGCUUGCUGGGAACGUGCACAGAGGGGGUUCGAUAAAUAUCAGCUGCUGUUGUAAUUGUGAUCGUUGACAGCGGCCCCCACUCAGCAGAGCCUGAGGUGCCGGCUGAACCACGGUGAGGAGAAGCUGACCCGCUGCUGCAGAGCAGCACUGAAGUCCCGGUGGCACUCGGAUGGCACAGGUGGUGGGCCGCGUGCGACUCCCAACGCAGAUGAGAAUAGCCCCGCGGGGACCGGAUGCGGAGCAGUGCUUUACCGCCACGGUCUCGUUUCACUCUUAGGAAUAUGCCCAAAAGAAUUGAAAACAGAGACUUGAGAAAAUACUUGAAUAUUCGUAACAGCACUAUUCAUAAUAGCCAAAAAGUGGAAACAACUCAGAUGUCCAGAAACUGAUGAAUGGAUAAGCCAAGUGUGGUCCAUCCGCACAGUGGAAUAUUAUUCAGCCGUAUAAAAGGAAUGAAUUUGUGAUACGGGCUACCACACAGAUGAACCUUGAAGACAUUAUGCUCCGUGAAAGAAGCCAGACACAGGAGAACAGAGAUAUGGACAGAAAUAUAGAAGAAUGAAAUGAUAGAAAAUCCAGGAUUCAUCUCAAAGUCAAGGUUGAUACUGAGCUGAUAAGGGCUGAAGCUUGUUACACAGAAAGAAUUUGCAAGUAGCUCACAGGAUCUUUGCAAAGUGGAUUCCAAGCUGAGCUCCCAGGAGUGAAUCCCUGCCAGUACCGCAGGGCCGGCCACCACGGAAGCGAGCACCUCCGGUAGGAUCCAAGGACUUCAAGUCUCGGGCGGCUCUCACGGCUCCCGGUCCCGGGACCACUCUCGCGGUCUGCAGCGUCAAAGCAGAGGCUGAGACUUCGGGAUAACCAAAUAUCGAAUGACGGCCCUUCCACCACAUUUUAAGUUAAUCACAUUGAUCCUGGAUCUCAACAAUGGGAUCUCAUCAAAGUUCUUAACAUCAAGGACCCUGGAGCUCGCCCGCCAAAGCGUUCCCACCAGCCCGGGCGGAAAGCGGUCUUGGAUGCAUGUGGGUGGACAGCACACGGCCUUCAGGAUGAAUUCUCAGUGUUUCCAAACAGGACAUUCGUGGGCAGAUUUGGGACUACAUGGAGGCACAAAAUUUAGCUGAUUUCCCCCGGCCUGUUCAUCACAGGAUUCCCAACUUCAAGGGUGCUUCUCGGGCCGCUGAGCAUUUCCCACGUUUGCAGGCGUUCAAAAUGGCCAGAACCGUUAAAGUCAACCCUGACGCACCCCAGAAAAACGCCCGCUUCUUCGUCCUCAACAGCAAAAAAACAUUGUUGGUUCCAACACCACGACUGAGAACGGGGUUGUUUAAUAAGAUCACACCACCCCCCGGGGCAACUAAAGACAUCUUGAGAAAAUGUGCCACCUCUCAGGGCGUGAGGAACUACAGCACUCCGGUGGGCUUGGAUUCCAGGGUCCUUGUGGACUUAGUGGUGGUGGGGUCCGUGGCUGUUUCUGAAAAAGGCUGGAGGAUCGGGAAGGGAGAAGGCUACGCCGACCUUGAAUACGCCAUGAUGGUGUCGAUGGGCGCGGUCAGCCAGGGGACGCCAGUGGUCACCGUCGUCCACGACUGCCAGGUUGUCGACAUACCUGAAACGCUCCUUGAGGAGCACGACCUCACCGUGGACUACAUUCUCACUCCAACUCGGGUCAUCGCCACGGGGUGUGAGCGCCCCAAGCCAACAGGAAUCGUGUGGUCCAAGAUCAGCUGUGAGAUGAUGGGGAGAAUGCCAGUCCUCAGAAGCCUGCGCUGCCGAGAGGAGCGGGCCGGGAAGGACGUCACCCUUCGGGAUACACGCCGGCCGCUGCCCUCGCUGGAAUCGGGCUCCGUGCAGGGGGAGGAUGUGCCUUCCUGCACUGUUUACGUUGGGAACCUCCCCCGGGACGCCCGGGUGAGUGAGCUGAAACGAGCCCUCAGCGCACGGGGCGCGGCGCCCUCACGGCUCACUUGGCAGGGGCCGCAGCGCAGGGCCUUCCUCCACUACCGGGAGCCGGCCGAGGCCUGGCAGGCCAUCUCCCGCUUGCAGGGCUUCUGUCUGGGCGCCAACACAGCGAAGGUGGCGCUGGCCAGGCAGCAGGGUGCCAGUGGCCCGGCGGGUGGCCGUGCUGGAGAGCCGCACCCUGACCCGUGACAUCUCGUUCCGGCCCCCGGUGAACUUCAGAGCCCAGCACAGCGGGAUGUGGUGGAGCUCUGCUGCACCAGCUGCUUUGAGUUCAGUCCUCUCCAGGAAGUCAGAGCUUCAGUUGCUGCCUGGUAUCUCCUGAGGAGCAGGGAAGUCAGCUGUGCUAUACUUCCCAUCUUCUGAAGUUGGAAAGGUCCACGUUCAGGCUUCGGCUUAUCCUGGUCGUUCAGCCUGGUGGAUGUCACAGCCCUGCUGGUGUCUUGGUUUAGGGGACUGAGUGGGCAAUAAACAAGUAGGAGUAAAUGCUGACCGCAAUUUAGGGGAGUCUGUGUUUUGAACUUGAGAGGCGGGGGGGAUUAAGAGAAGGUGGACAGAGGACCAGAUGCAGAGGCGUGGCGGCUCAGAACCAGAAGACAUCCUUGUGUUCCUGGCUCCUUGGCCUGGCACUGCUAGAAGGGAAAAGAUGCAUUCGGCUCGCAGAAGCCAGGUGCUUCAGUCCCCAGGGUACAGACUGCUUGUCACAUCUCAGUCCUGGUGUCGGAGAUGGAGGCCAAUCUGACAUGGACCCUCGGCCGUGUGGUCUCACCUCUGUCGCCUCCUUACCUUUCCAGCCAGGCUCCUCCCUCGGGGUGAACACCCUCUGCUCUCGGCCAGCUGCCCCUGAACAGCGGGGAGCUCUGUGUCUAGGAAAUCCUGGCUUUCGAUGAGUUGUCCCAGCCUACGUCACACACGAGGCCAGACAGAUGCUCACACACUCAUUUGUCCACUGUCGUAUGUUUUCCGUAUGUUUUCUCUCCCUCCAUUUCUCUGUUCCUGAAAAUCAAGCUGGAUUUUGGCUGAACUGUGCUUUCUAAACAGAAGUGCUUUUGCAGUUGAUCCUGGGUGAAAAGUCAAGAUAAGCAUUUAAGUGGAGAUUUCAUUUUUUUCUUCAAAUGUAUAUGCACUGGAUAUUUUUAUUUUUUCACCAGAGGGUCUUACUGUGCAUGUUUUAAACCCAUUAUUAUGCCUCAAGGGGCAGGCCUUGCCUGCACUUUGAAGAUAAUGUUCUCAGGGCUCUCUGUCUCCCUUUGGAAAAGCAUUUUCUCGUUGGUUUUACAGUGAAAAUGCGGUGGAGGCUUUGGAAAGAGAAUUUGAUCCUUAGAUUUGCUCGGUUAAAUGCAGACUCUUUCCACAUUGUCAUGAACAAAACCAGGGGGUAGACUAUCUUAACACAGGGCAGGCCAGGCCCUAGGGCCUCUGGGCUCUCUCUUUCUCUGCCCGACCCCCGUCCCUUGGCUGGUUUCGUUUUGUCACUUGUGUUUCAGCUUGACCAUCCCAGGCUGACUGACUGCCCAGUCCAGAGUGGUGACCUGAUAUCUGAACUCCUUGCUCCGUUCCGGUUGGUUUUCCCGUUUUUUCCAGAAUGCCUCCUGUCUUUGGCAUGUUCUUGUUCCGUUUUGGUUGGUGUUUCUAUCGUUGACUUGCUACCAUUGGAGCAGUGCUACAGGAGGGCCGGAGGUGAGCCUGUCCCUGCCUUUCCUCCCCACUGUGCCCCAGCCCCAGCUGGGAGAACCACCCGCUGAUACACAGCAACUCAGGAGAAAUGCAAAUGUGAGGGUCUCCGUCAGAGCCAAGGCGAAGGCUGGGUCCAGGCCUCAGCCCUGGGGGCCGGUGUCCGGGGAGUCUGGCGCCAGCACCUUAGACCGCUGAGUUGUGCACAUCAGGGAUGAUCCCUCCGGCUUGAGCCAGGGCGCUGGCUUUUCUGUCACCGCCAGCCAGAAUAAUCCGAUGUCUUGAUACACAGAUAAUCUGAAUGCAUUCAUCAUUUUUUAAUACCUGUGGACAGUAGGUUAGGAUGAGGGAAACUAGGACCAAGGGCCUGAAAUAUAAGCCCUCCGGAUGUAUCACCUGCGCGCCUCCCUCCAGCCCCAGAGCCGUAGUCGUUCUCAGCGCCGCCAGGAGGGGCGCUCGGGCCCUGCUUUCCGUUCCCCAAGCUCUCGAGUAUUUGUCCGCAUCAUAAUUGUAUUAACUCGCAUGUUAGAAAAUAAUGGAAAAUGAGCACCUGACAAGUUGCUGAGACCGUAUGAACCCCUUUUAAGUGGAUUCGUCACGAUUCAUGGGUCGCAUCUUGUGUUUUCCUGAGUGGCGCUGCAGUUUGGCUCGCAGAUGCGAGGAGCUUCCUGCCACCCUCAACUCUGCAUGGCGAGCGCUGGCCCUGGGGCUUCACUGUGUCUGCUGACGGUUCCCGUGUGGCCGGCAAGCCAUGGAGCCUCUCCGGGCAUUAGCGUCCUCAUCUUCACAACGAGAGGGUUGAGGUGUUUGUUUCUAAGGCCUGAACGGUUGUAACUUUCUGUUUCUUUUGAGGCUCACUGCCCACCGUCACUUAGAUUUUUUUCUGUUUAUAAAAGUAAACUUAUCCCUUCUGGAAAUUUGGGGAUAUCAGAAGUACAAAGAGUGUCACCCCUCACCCCACCGCUUAAGCAGCCGUGACGCUGCCUCUUAUUUACUUCCAGUCUUUCCUCUGUGCGGUUUUAAAACAUAGCUAGGAUUAACAGCAUGGGCUUCAGAAUCGCACAGGUUCAGCCGAGAGCCUCAGUGUUGCCGCUGCCUGGUGCCUCCUGUCUGAACUUCCACGUGCUCAGCUGUGAGUGGGCAUAGUGAUAGGACCUCCUCUAGAUUUGUUGUUUUGAAGGGUGAAUAAAGCAGCUUGGAUUUAUUUCUAAGUCAUAGCACACGUAAAAAUAAAUUCCAGGCUAAUUAAACAUCUAAACAUAAAAAUGAAGGAAUUUGGAGAUAAUAGAAGAGAAUGUUUUCUAAUGUUGGGUUAGGAAAGGAUGGGCAGGGCCCUGAAUUUAAGGAGGAACUUAUUCCUGGUCCUCUCUUGGAAUGUAAGGUUUUGGUGGGUAUGGAAUCCAAACGAGCCUUCCAGGAUGAGCUGUCUGCGGGAUGCUUCUCCAAGCAACGGCAUUAACCAGC